GCAUAAAAACAAGCAAAGUACCCAUCAAAUGUUAUACUUCGUAAUACGGAGGCAUAGUAUUUGGGUAUAGUGAUGGUAAAACGUAGGAGUAUUAAAUAAAAAUGAGAAAAAGAAGAAACAAGCUUUUUGCUGUGAAUUCUCCUCUUCCCGGCCCCCCUCUAUGUUUCUCUCUCCACCGCAAAUCCACUCCCCAAAACACCAUUUCGCAAACUUCAUCAUCACUCAUAACCUUGCUUCUUUCUUCAUUUUUUUUUUAAUAAAUAUAAAUAUAUAAAUAUAAAUAAACGACUUGUUCAUUCAUUGAUUCGUAAAUAAGAUCCCCAAAAAUAUCCCACAUUUUGCCAUUUCUCCCCAAUUCCCCCGAUUUUCUCUCUCUUCUAUUCUUAAUUUCACAGCUCAACCAUUCAACCAUAUCCCCCCAUAAUUAUUAUCUUCAUUCAUUCUUUUUAAUAAAUUUAAUUUAACCCCCAAAUCCCUUCCUUCUUUUCUUUUUUCCCAUCAUUUAUUUAUUUAUUUGACGAUCAAAUAAAUCAUGCGGGUUAAAGAUAUGCAUCCUCUCUGUUGCAUUUCAUUAGAAGGCGGCGGCGGCGGCGGCAGUGGCAGCGCCGGCGAUAGCAGCCCGGGCCCACGUAUCGGGUCAUUGGAAUUAGCCCUAUCUCCGGCGGGAAGCCUGAAGCGAAGCUCCACCCUGCCCGGAUCCUUUACGGGCAAUGCGGGCAGUUUCCGGCGAUCUGAAAUGAGCGUCGCCGGAGCAUUAUUCAAAUGGACGAAUUACAGCAAAGGAUGGAGAUCUCGAUGGUUUCUGUUGCGUGGAGAUGGGUUGCUUUCUUAUUGUAAGAUUCUCUCCCCUCAAUCCCUCAAUUCUCUCUCCUCUUCUUUGGGAGAUGACGUCACUGUCAUCGGUGAUUUGACGUCACCGCGUCUUAUUCGUUUGGAUAGUUGUGGCCGGAAGAAGGAUUCCAAGAAAAACUCCGUCGUUCAUCUCAAGGUAUCAUCAUUUCGAGAGAGCAGGUCUGAUGAUAGGAGGUUUUACAUAUUUACAGCUACAAAAACUCUCCACCUAAGGACUAAUUCAAAACGUGAAAGGGCGCUUUGGUUAGAAGCUUUGGCAUCAGCAAGAAGUCUCUUUUCCCUGAGAAGACCACUGAAUGAUAAUCUCCCGCUUUCUCCUGACAGCAUUUCCAUUUCAACUGAAAGAUUAAAGAAGCGAUUGGCUGAAGAUGGGGUCAAUGAGUCGAUUGUAAAGGAGUGCGAGCAGAUUAUGCUUUCAGAGUUCUCAGACAUACAACGAAAGCUGAAAGUUCUUUGUGAGGAUAGAUCCAAUUUGCUGGACACAUUAAGGCAGUUGGAGGCAGCAAAUGUCGAUACUGAAGCUCCAGGAAUCAAUGAUAAUGAAUAUCAUCUUUCAAAGAACGAAUACUCCAGCCUAGAGCGUGCUAAAUAUAGUGAAUGUAGUACCACUGAGUCAUCUGAUGACACUGAGAAACAAGACGUGGAGGAGGCAUCAGAUGAAGACAAAUCUUGCUAUUAUGAUUCGAAGGACUACUUUACUGAAUCUCCAUCUCGUCUUUUUGGCAGUGGUAUGGACACUGAAGGUCAAGUUGGUGAUGUGAACUAUGCUUGGCCUACGGAGGCCUCAGGUGAAGCUCUAUGCUCACACAUUGAAAGGCGUAAAAGACUUCCUGAUCCAGUAGAAAAGGAAAAACCUGUCAGUCUCUGGUCCAUGAUCAAAGACAAUGUAGGAAAAGAUCUUACGAGAGUAUGUCUGCCAGUGUACUUCAAUGAACCAAUAUCAUCACUUCAGAAAUGCUGUGAAGACUUGGAGUAUUCUUACCUUUUGGAUCGAGCGUAUGAAUAUGGUCAAGAGGGAAACAGUCUUAUGAGAAUUGCGAACGUUGCAGCUUUUGCCGUUUCUGGCUAUGCAUCUACAGAAGGCCGACUCUGUAAACCAUUUAAUCCUUUGCUAGGGGAAACUUAUGAAGCUGACUUUCCUGAGAAAGGAAUUCGGUUUUUCUCUGAGAAGGUAAGUCACCACCCCACUCUCAUAGCCUGCCAUUGUGAUGGUAGAGGGUGGAAGUUCUGGGCAGAUAGUAACUUGAAGACCAGCUUUUGGGGUCAAACUAUUCAACUUGAUCCAGUUGGAGUAUUGACUCUUGAGUUCGAUGAUGGAGAGAUAUUCCAAUGGAGCAAGGUCACAACUAGCAUUCAUAACCUUAUCAUUGGAAAAAUUUAUUGUGAUCAUCAUGGAAUGAUGCACAUACGUGGUAAUCGUCAGUACUCAUGCAACCUUAAAUUCAAAGGGCAGACUUUUCUUGACAGGAAUCCCCGCCAGGUUCAUGGUUUUGUCGAAGAUGGCGAAGGGAGCAGAGUAGCAACAAUAUCUGGAAGGUGGGACGAUAGUAUUUAUUGUAUCGAAGGAGAUGGAAAGAAUAAGCGUAAAGAUUUAAAUUCAUCAGAUGAUGCUUCUUUGAUUUGGAGAAGGACCAAACCUACUCCUAAUCUUACUCGAUACAACUUAACACCAUUUGCCAUUACUCUCAAUGAACUGACUCCUGGGCUUAAGAUUAAGGAGAAGCUUCCCCCAACAGAUUCAAGGCUUAGACCUGACCAGCGACAUUUAGAGAAUGGGGAGUAUGACAGGGCAAAUGUUGAGAAGCUACGCCUGGAGACGAGGCAGCGAAUGUCAAGGAAAAUACAGGAAGAUGGAUGGCGACCUCGAUGGUUUGAGAGAGAAGGUGAAGACGGACCUUACCAUUAUAAAGGUGGAUAUUGGGAGGCUAAACAGAAGGGAAAUUGGGAAGGGUGCCCAGAUAUUUUUGGAGAAAUUAUUGAAGCCUCUGACAACCUCAACCCAAGAGGCUAAAAUAUGAACAUAGUUAACUAAGAAGCUGUCUGAACCUGGUGGCACUACCCAAAUCUGAAACUGUUACAGCCGCCCUUGCUGCUAUCAUUUAAAGCGCACCAUUUUAUCAGGAAGUGGGAGAGACUUUCAAGUUAAUCCACUGCUCUCUUUUGCUGAUGUAUGGAGAUUCCACAGUUUUACCGGCCAGAAAAUGGGAGUAAGGUUGGCAAAAUUCUUGUGGAGCCACCAAAGUAAAGAAUGUAGUCCUUGUUAUAGUCAGAUGAUUUUUUUGUAUUUUCAGAGGAAUAAAUGUGGAGGGAUCUUUUAGGGUGCGGGAAUCACAGAGAUGUAUGUAGGAAAUUGUGGUAAAUAUCUGCAGCUUAAUGUUUCCAUUACUUAGUUUUCCAGCCCCCAGUUGUAUCACCCCCUUUAUUUUCCCUUUUUCCUCCAAAGUUGUAAAUUUUUAUAAGUGUAGUCAUAAAAAAGGUCGCAAUGAAAUUAUUUUUGUAGUACUACGUCAUGUCGUUCAAAGGCGUACAUUCAGGCAACUCAUAACAAUUCAUUAUUGAUUUUUGUUA